UCUGCACGCGCCACUCCUAUGAAUUCACCAUUAUUCCCCUAUAUGACUUCAUUCCAUCUUUCCAACGGCGACAUUCAGCUCAAAUACCGUUAUCGGCUUCAUCCUCAAAACUCGGACAAGAUCGUUUUUAUGGCCUCUACACAUAUACCUGGCGAAGACCACGAGGUGGACGUUGUCGUCAAGUUCACCGACACUUACUGCAUAGAGGCCCAUGCACUGUUGGCGAAGGAUGGCCUCGCGCCAAAGUUAUUUUACUGGGGGAAACCAAACGAGGUGGCGAUGUACGUUGUGGUGAUAGAGUUAGUGAAGGGAGAGUCUGCCACUGGCGUUGUCGGUGGACUAUCUGCAACUGCGAUCAGUGCGCUCGCAAAGGCUGUCCAACUGCUCCAUGGUUUGUUUUUGGAGAGUUGCGAAGCCCCAAUGUGAUUCUCUACAAGUACCGUGGGACCUCGUCUAUAAAGCUGGUCGAUUUCGAUUGGUGUGGAAAGUUGGGGGAUACGAGAUGGGCUGGCAUGAGGGGGUGAAACGUGGCGGAAAGAUAUUAGCUGAGCAUGACCGACACCUGUUCAAGCACCUCACAAGGACAGACGUUGACUGAGAGGAGAAAAAUGACUUUCCCAUUCAGUGGGUUUCAGACUGCGUCUGAAGGAUGCAAAGCCAAAAAAUUGAAUAACUCGUUAAU